AUGGCGUCUCGACCGCCCAUCAUGCAAACUCCUAAUGAGACCGAAUCAACAACCAGCCGAAUCACUCGUGAAGGCAAGCAGAUCACCUAUAAAUUGAGUGUCAUGCAACAACCAGAACGUGCGAGAGCAUGUGGUGCCGGUGCUAAAUCGUCGGCCGACCGUCGUCCUGUUGAUCCACCGCCAGUCGUAGAAUUACGCAUUUUUGAAUCUGAGCCCGGGACUGAUACCCCAAAAACUGACAUCACCUUCGCCUACAACGCCAAUUUCUUUCUCUAUGCGACAUUGGAAAAUGCUCGCCAUAUCGCCCAUGGCCGAGUGGCUGGCCCGCAGUCAUGUCCUGUACUAACCGGUGUACCGGUCGCUGGUGUUGCUUAUCUCGACCGUCCUUCACAAGCAGGCUAUUUCAUCUUCCCAGAUCUGUCGGUGCGCCAUGAAGGUCGAUAUCGACUGAACUUCCAUCUAUACGAGGAGAUCAAGGACGCCAAAGAUGCCGACAAGGACUCACAUUCUCCCCUACCCAACCAAAUAGGUCGCUCGAGUACAGGAAAGCCAGGAUCACCACAGGCUUUUCUCCACUUCCGCCUCGAGGUCAAAACUGUCCCCUUCAUGGUAUAUAGCGCCAAGAAAUUCCCCGGUCUGGCCACCAGCACAUCCCUGAGCCGCAUCAUCGCCGAACAGGGAUGCCGUGUGCGUAUCCGUCGUGAUGUUCGCAUGAGACGACGGGGGGACAAGCGCGAUGAUGAAUACGACUAUGAUGAGGAAAGAUCUGCCGCAUUUACAAGAAAUGGCGGCGAUCGGUAUUCAACACCAGAUCGAUAUGUCCAAACGUCCGUGGAACGCCCUCGGUCAAAUAGCAACAACAGCAAUAUGGAAACACCGUACGGCUUCGGUGCUGAGAUACAAAGGAGGCCGUCAAUACCAGAUUACGGUUUCCCUGGACAACAACAAUAUCAGCGGCCGAUGCCACCCGCACCCAUACCUCACACCCAGACACCCUCCUAUCAAUCACAUCUUUCCUUCGGUUCGACACCAUCUCACUACCCUGCUCCCCACAUGCCUCCAACCCCUCCUCCUGUGGCUCAAACGGCAAUGUACUCACCUCAAAGUACUUACGCCAACGUUCGCAACCCAUCGAUUAUAUCUGAAUAUGAGGCAUCACCUGUCGGCUAUCCAAUGGGACCUCAAAUGCAAGAUCGGCCGGGCUACCCAAAGAGUAACAUGAACGGAUACCGUUUGGAAGCAUCGAAGCAACCGUACAUGAUGGUUGACCCGAACCAAUAUCAGAUGCAGCCGAAUCACAUGCACCAGGCUCAACCGCCAUCAAUGGCUCAUAGCCUUCCGUCAUUCAAAAAUGCUCAUCAAGAAUAUGCCAAUCUGCAAACUUCUAUCGAGUCUAGUAUUCCGCCCAGUCCAUCGGGGUACGAUUCUGUCUCCGGCAAGCGCAUUCUUUAUCAUAGUGGACCUAGCUCUAUGAAGCGUAGCCACGAAGAUUCUUUCGGAAUUGAUGAACGUUCAAUGCAUAAUGGUAUGCGACCAGAUACAGAGGAAUCAUAUGGUUACCGAGAUUUCUCUGGCGAAAGUCGAGCGGCCUUGAUGGCUGAGCUCGGCGUGGAGAUGGCAUACAAACGAGCUAAUGGUCAGAUGGUCAUGAAGGCUGCACCUCCCUCCGUUCAAUAA